AAUGCCAAUGUUGCUGCGCGCAGGGGAGCGGGCGACCGGGUGUAGCCGAAGAGAGAAACGACAGGUCCUCGCAGGAAGCUUCUCAAAGGUCAUCAUGGAUUGUGGCACGAGCAGCUCUUUUUGUAGCUGUUGUCGUUGGCGUUCCUCCUCCUUCAAGAUCUCCCUCUCCCGGUCGCCAAUCAUUCCCAUUUUUGUGCUUUUCCUCCUUGUCCCUUCUCCCUUCUUUUGUCAGGCUCGUUCGUUGGAAACCGCCACCUUCCGCGCCACGAAUCAGACUUUCCAGCCUGGGGAUGAGCUACAGAAGCUGAAGAUGAUAAGGGCUCAUCUCAAGGACAUCAAUAAGCCUCCCCUCAAAACAAUUAAGAGCCUUGAUGGAGAUAUAAUAGACUGCAUUCUAUCUCACCAGCAACCAGCCUUUGAUCAUCCUCUAUUAAAGGGACAAAAGCCAUUGGAUCCACCAAAGAUGCCGAAAGGGUAUAAUUCGACUACUGUGGCCAUAGAGAUUCUUCAACCGUGGAGAAUGUCGGGCGAGGUGUGCCCAGAAGGGACGGUGCCGAUACGGAGGAUGAGCGAAGCAGACGUGUUGAGGGCUUCUUCAAUUCAAACGUUUGGGAAAAAAGUGAGAAGCCAUGCCCUCACAGACACUUCAGACAAUUCUCCUGAGUAUGCGAUAGUGUAUGUGGAUCAAGAUCAAUACUAUGGAGCCCAAGCAACCAUAAAUGUGUGGCAACCUUAUGUGGCUCAAGAUGAUGAAAUUAGCGUCGCCCAGUUGUGGGUCAGCGCCGGCACUGAUGGCGUUGACCUUAACACCAUUGAAGUUGGCUGGCAGGUUUAUCCAGGAUUGUAUGGGGACGACACUACGAGGCUCUUCAUUUAUUGGACUAAUGAUGACUACAAAAAAACAGGAUGUUACAACUUGCUGUGCCCGGGAUUUGUCCAGACCAACAAUGGGAUUGCAAUUGGGUCACCACUUGAGCCUAUGUCCUCCUACGGUGGCGCUCAAAUUGAUAUAACCUUGCUGGUUUGGAAGGACCUGGAUACCGGGAAUUGGUGGCUCUUAUUGGAACCAAACAUCUUUCUCGGGUACUGGCCAUCGGUCUUGUUCACUCACCUCGAUGACCACGCGAGCGAGGUGAAUUUCGGCGGGGAGAUCAUGAACACAAACGCCAUGGGCAAACAUACGAGUACCGAGAUGGGGAGCGGGCAUUUCGCCGAAGAAGGGUACAGAAAAGCCGCCUAUUUUCAGCAAUUGCAAGUGGUGGAUGGGAGCAACGAGCUCCUCCCUGUGCAAAACGCCGAGACCGUGGUGAGUUACCCAAAUUGCUACGACCUCGAACGAGGGAACGAUCCAAAUUGGGGGUACUCUUUCUUCUAUGGAGGACCCGGAAGGUCUGGGAAUUGUCCCUAAAAAGUUGGGGUUGUGGGUAAAACAAAGGAAGAA